GAACUGAUCAGAACCCGAGAGCAGCUCACGCUGCGCCCAAGGACUGCUCCUGCUUUCCUUGCCAACAUUGAGGCAAGCGCAUCUCCAAACUGCCGCCUAGCCACUUCGUUCACUUCUGAAAAUAUCGCCGCUGCCGCCGCCGAGAAAUGCCGUCGGGGAGUCGAAGGCCGUCGUGUAAAAGCUUCGAGCCUUCGACCUGCUUUUUCCGGCACUUGGCGACUACAAAUUAAUGGAAGAACCGCCACACAGGACUUUGAAGAUCAAGAACAGAGAAGGAUAUCGGAAGCAGCAGCAAAAUAAUGGAGCCGCAAUACCCUCCUCCUCGCUCGUUGUGGCCGCACUACCGAUUGGAAGAGACGAUCCACCCAUCGCCGGCGGCGGGACAGUACUCCGACGAUGGCACGACGAGCGGCGAGCUCCGGGCGCUGGAUUGUAACCUCAGUUUCCACUCCGAUAAUUUUGAGAUGGAGGGCUUCAGUGCCGGCAACUUCUCCGAGGUUAUGGGCUCCGCCUAUCGCCUUAUCCUCUCUCGUAGCUCUAACUUCAGGAACAUGCUACUUGUUGGGGGAUCUGUAAAUGGCCUUUCCCAGAAGACAAAACAUUUAGGGAGCCAAGCAUCUUUUGGGAUUAAUGGAUCAAAUGCAAUGUUGCUUCUGCUGCUGCUGGUACUGCUGAUAACCAGGGCAGCUGAUGGGCAACAAGCCUAUGUUGACAACCACCAGCUCGAUUGCUACAACCAGAGGUUCAAUGAAACAACCCUAGGCUACGUCUGCAAUGGACUCAACACGUCCUGCCAAUCCUACCUCACCUUCCGGACAUCUCCACUUUACAACACGCCUGUCUACAUUGGAUAUCUCCUAGCUGCUACUGCCCCUGAAAUUGCCUCCCUCAACAAUCUCUCCUCCGAGUUCUCCUCCAUCCCAGCUGACACUCUUGUCGUCGUCCCUGUCAACUGCUCCUGCUCUGGCCGUCGCUACUACCAGCAUGAAGCCACCUACAAACUCAAGUCCCACGAUGAGACCUAUUUCACUGUCGCCAACAAUACUUACCAGGGACUCACCACUUGCCAGUCCUUGAUGUCUCAAAAUCCCUUCAAUGACCGCCAACUAGCUGUCAAUGAGACCCUCCGCGUCCCACUUCGCUGUGCUUGCCCCACCGCCAACCAGACCAGUAGAACUUCAGCUGCCGCCACCACGACGAGGUACUUGCUCACUUACAUUGUCACUUGGGGAGAUUCCAUCUCUUACAUUGCCGAGCUUUUCGGGGUCGAUCAACAGUCUAUCCUUGAUGCCAACCAGCUCUCUUCAGAAAGUGUCAUUUUCCCCUUCACUCCGCUUUUGGUUCCUUUGUCUGGUGAACCAAACACCUCAUUUCUUCUUCUCCCUCCCCCUGCUGCGCCUCCUCCUGUUUCACCCCUGACGCCCACUGAUCAGACUAGCCACUUCCCUUCGGCCGGUGGAUCCAGCCGCAAGAAAUGGGUGUUUGUAGGUGUGGGAACAACACUAGCUCUCUUAUUACUUAUUGCAACCCUCCUGGCUGUGAAAUUUGUCCGUCGGAAGAAGCAAUCUCCGCCUAUACAUUCCUCCACCACUGCAAUGGAAGAAGAAACAAAGGGUAAUAAGGGUACCCCACCACCACAGUGGGAGACGGAGUCCGGUUCAGCUUGGUCAUUGUCUCAAGGGAUCAAAAACUCUGUUGAGGCAUUGACAUUGUACAAGUUCCAUGAUCUAGAGUUGGCCACCAAUUACUUCAGCGAAUCUAACAGGAUUAAAGGCACAGUCUACAAGGGAUCCAUUAAUGGAGAUGCUGCAGCGGUGAAGGUGAUGAAAGGCGAUCUCUCUGCAUCUCCCGAGAUUAACAUUCUGAAGACAAUUAGUCACUCCAACAUCAUCCGCCUCUCUGGGUUUUGCGUCAAUGAUGGCACCACCUAUCUUGUUUAUGAGUAUGCCGAGAAUGGUGCUCUCUCCGACUGGAUUUUUCUUGGCCCUAGUAAGACAAAGCAGCAGCACCUGCUGCUACAACGAGAAACACUCACCUGGAAACAGAGGGUUCAGAUAGCGAACGACGUUGCAGAAGCCAUCAACUACCUCCACAGCUACGCCGACCCUCCUUACAUCCACAAGAACUUGAAGACGAGCAACAUCCUCUUGGACGCUGACUUGCGAGGCAAGGUAACGAACUUUGGAUUGGCCAGAGCCGCGGCAUUUGAGGAGAAUGAGAAUGAAGACGGAGGAGCAUCACCAUUAACAAGGCACGUCGUUGGGACAUAUGGGUAUAUGGCUCCGGAGUACGUAGAGAACGGACUCAUUACUCCAAAACUCGACGUUUUCGCAUUUGGUGUCGUCCUACUGGAGCUUUUGUCAGGGAAGGAAGCUGCUUCGAGGGACGAAUUACUCUUCACAAUGAUCAACACGGUUCUUGAAGGUGACAACGUAAGGGAAAAGUUGCGAGCUUUCAUCGACCCUUCGUUAGCCGACAACAACGAGUACCCCUUGGAUCUUGCCUUCUCCAUGGCUCAGCUCGCCAAAGGAUGCGUGUCGGUCGACCUCAACGCUCGGCCAUCGAUGCCUCAGGUUUUCAUGAUUCUGUCCAAGAUACUCUCCUCGUCAUUGGACUGGGAUCCUUCCCACGAGCUCCACCAGUCUUCCUCUGUUUCUGGAUCUAUCAGAAGCGGGCGAUAAAAUGUACACUACCCUACUACCUGUAGCCGCCCGCACCAUAUCCUCCGCCACUUGUGCUACAGUGCAUAUGGGGGAAGUUGCAAGCUUUCUUUUUUCAAUCAAUUCGAUUUAGAGAUUGGAAGAAUAUAUAAAUAGGGGACAGAGAUAAAAUAAGGAGAGAGCAGAUGGAGGUCUGUAGGGAGGCCGGAAAACGACGCGAACUCUGCGGCUUGAUGCUUCGCCUCCUCCAAGCUGUACUGUCUGUCGCUGUCUUAAAAUAUUGUAUGGAUGUAUGUACGUCUUUGUCUUUGUCUUGUUAUAAUAUGCAGCAAGCAACCCAACUACUACUCUACUCUUGUCCUCUGUUUUUUUGCAACAAACAAUUCCUCCUGAGACCCUGAUUCCUAUUCCUCUCCCGGCUGCUGCGGCGCUCGGGGCCACCAAUUAUUACCGUGUUGUUGCAGGGUAGCUCGAUUCGCCGAUCUGGUGAAAAAGAACAGAGCUUUACUUCUCGGCGGCCGGGCCCGGCAAUUAUGGACAGAGCAGCAUUUGGCGGCGGCGGAGGGAUGUACCCGUACGAGAAUGGAGUGGUGAUGACAAGAGACCCGAAGCCGCGGCUGAGGUGGACGGCGGAUCUUCACGAUCGUUUCGUUGAUGCUGUUACCAAGCUGGGUGGCCCUGAAAAGGCGACGCCCAAGUCAGUUUUGAGAUUGAUGGGGCUGAAAGGUUUGACAUUGUACCACUUGAAGAGUCAUUUACAGAAGUACAGGCUGGGACAACAUGCGAAGAAACACUGCGACAGCCCCGAACAGAGCACCAGAGAGAUUCAUACUCAUAAUGGAUCUUCUCCAUACAUACAUUUCAGCAACCAUUCCGCCGGUGGUGGAGCAGCGAGUACCGCUUCUUCCAUUUCGUCCAGAGAUGCUACUGAACCAGGAGAGCUCCAGAUCACGGAUGCAUUGAAAUCCCAGAUAGAGGUCCAGAAAAGACUACAAGAACAGCUUGAGGUGCAACAGAAGCUGCAGGUGAGAAUAGAGGCACAAGGGAAGUACUUGCAAGGGAUACUGGAGAAAGCACAGAAAAGCUUAACCAUGGCGAUGACAACGGGCAGUGGCGGCAAUGUGGACGUGGCGAGGGCCCAAUUAACCGACUUCAAUCUGGCCCUAUCCACCUUGAUUCACAACUUGAACUCGCCAUCAUCAGAAGUGGAAAGGAAACACCGCGACUUACAGCAGCAGCAAGAAGAGGAAGUUGAUGGUAUGAAACAUCUGUACAUUAACACAAAGCCGCACCAUCAUCACACGAGUUUGGAAAGUAGCUUCCACGUGGACAGAUCAUCUGGGGCACUUGAAGAUGAGGAGAAUGAUCUCAAGUUGGAUAUGGAAGAUGGAGUCGGCGGAGUGCAUUUCGACUUGAAUGCCAAUGAUGGUGGUGGCGGCAUUAGUGGCUAUUCUAGCAGAAACACUCUUGUUUCUGCUAAUACCAACAGUAUUAGUAGUAGUCAUGGGUCUGAGUUGGAACUAAGGAUGCUGCCUUAUGGAUUAUAAUAUUCAAAAAUUUAUGAAGAUUGGAUGGAGAAUUGCAGGGAAAGUAGAGAUAAUUUAUAUUCCAAGAGCCAUCUAAUGCUAAUUGCAUAGUCCAACAUUCAUUCAUAUAUACUGUG